AUGAGGCUGCUUCCCAGAGACACCAGCCUGAACGCUGUUGCCAGCGCUCUUUCGCUGGCCGCGGCCAACUACAAACCCGUCCCACAGCUAUCAUCCGCAAAUAAGGGUACGGAUAUCGCCAACAUGAGUACGAGCGAUGCUUCCCAAGCUCAGGGCAGAAAUUCAACCUCGUAUCAGGUGCAGAGCACUUUGACCGCCAACAACUGGACCGCGACACACAACACUUCCAACUGGGGCGUUCCUUCAACCCUCUUUGUCCCGGUCGAGUCGCACAAUAAGACCUCAGUAGACGCUGAAGUGACAAGCAAGCUAGCUUCGUCGAGAAAGGUCGGCCCUGGUGGCUGUCCCUUCUCCGACGGCUACACGCCAACCGGCGGCUGGGACGCGCUCCCACCCCCCACAUUCCCCGCCUUCGACCCCGUCCGAGCAACCAUUAUGCGCUACCGUCAGCAGCAGGGUGUCAACCUCGGCGCGUGGUUCGUCCAGGAAGGCUGGAUGGAACCGCGCUUCAUGUCGUGCGCGCUCCACAGCAAGCAAUCCGAAUACGACCUUCUUCGCGGCUUCGGCACCUCCCAAACCGGUCUCACUUCGGCACGUGCCUACAUGGAGGAGCACUGGGAUACGUGGAUCACAGAGGAUGAUUUUGCGCAGCUGGCCAAAAUAGGGAUCAACACGGUGCGUCUUCCCAUCGGAUACUGGUCCGCCGGGCCGUACUUUACGCAUCACAGUCCGUUCGAGAGGUACGGAGAGGUGUACGAGCUAAGCUGGCGCUACGUGGCGCGGGCGAUCAACUGGGCUGCCAAGUACGAUAUUGGUGUGCUUGUCGAUCUGCACGGCGCGUAUGGUUCGCAAAAUGGUCAGCCGCACUCUGGGCUGGACAGUGGCAAGAUCGAGUGGUACGAGCCAUUCAACCAGGCACUCACCACAGAACUCCUCGUCUGGCUGGCAAAGGAGAUCUCGGAUGUCACCAACGUCAUUGGCAUUCAACUGCUCAACGAGCCCCAGAACCGCGAGUCCUACUGGCGCUGGCUACCCACCGCGAUGGACGCCAUGCGUGCCGCCUCCCCAUCUGCAAAACACAUCCCACUCUACUUUCACGACGCAUUCAACCUCGCCAAGGGCGCAGCAUUCGUCUCGACCCGCAACGACUUUGUCGUCUCGGACCACCACGCGUACUACGUCUACACACCCGCCGAUCAGGCUUUGUCUGUCCAAGGCCACAUCGAGAAGCUCGACACGUCCAUCACGGACAAGUUCACGCGCCAGUCCAAGGUGGCGCGUGGCAAUUUGGUCGUGGGCGAGUGGUCCUGCGCCCUCGCCGAGAGCUCGAUCAGGAACAGCAAGAACCGUCAGCAGGAUCAGAGGGAAUUCUGUCGGACUCAACAGGAGGUCUGGCAGACAAAGACGGCAGGGUGGACGUUUUGGUCGUACAAGAUGGAGGGGUGUGCGCAGAACGAUGGAUGGUGUUUUAGGAGCGCCAGGAAGAAGUUCUUGCGGAACGACUUUUCGGCUUGGGGCAGUGAGCUUUCUUCGGCGCUCCUCGGAGCGGUGAGCAACAUCACGAGUGACGUGCUUGGUUCGCUCUCACCCCUGCUCGACGAGAUCAGCCGCAUCCGCCUCCCCACCAGCAGCUCGUCCUUCAAGUCGCUCUUCGCUAUCGACGGGAUCGAUGGCGACGACGGCGAAGUGGGUCCGCACGGCUUUGCUCACUCGCUCUACACACCCACCCCUUCUUCUCAGCCAAAACAAGCUGAGCGCGGCGUCGGAGGCUACACAUCGCUCGCAAGGCGUCAAGUGCAGCUGGAUCGCUGUGCGACUCAAGUGGCACAUCGCGCCUUCUCAGACGGCUUCUACACUUCGCGCAUCCUCGCGUCCUCCACCACCUCGCCUUCGCGUCUCGGCUUCGCCACCCAGUACCAGCAAGACACGUUCCAGUCGUACGUCGAUGCGGGCAUCUUCAAACGCAGUGAACAGUCGGCGUACAAUGCGCAGUUCAGCGCCGGUAUCAAGGCGGCUGAAAAGGCGAUCGAGGCCAUUGUCGCCAGCUACGCGCGCAAGGCCUAG